AUGUCGACAAAUAAUCCGUUUCCAAAUGGUCCUCUCAGAGUAGAAGACCCUUCAACAGGAAUAGCAAAUUUAAAUUCUGCUAUCCCACUAGUUCAAGAGACGAAAUCAAGAGCGUCUCAGGUGUAUUACUUAUGGCCCUGUUAUGGUCUCUAUGCUAUGGCUGUCGGUAUGACUUUCGCCCCUAACCUCGAAGUACGCUCUAAGAUUAUAUGUCAAUCCUACACUCUGGACAGUAACGCAAACUGCGAUGCUAUACCAAACUUUAAGAAUGAGGUAGCUCAUCUCACAAUCAUAUUGAGUUUAAUUACCGGUGUUUUGGCGUGUUUGACAACUUCAUACUGGUCUGCAUUUAGUGACAAAAUAGGCAGACUUCCAAUCAUUACCCUAACAAGCGCCGGUUACUUUAUCGUAAAUGGUAUAAAUGCAUAUGUAUCCACGCGUUUGGAUCCAAACCAGAUGUAUUUGCUCUAUAUCAGCGCUGCUAUAGAGGGUUUAUCAGGUAGUCAGAGCACAGUUAUGGCUUUAAGUCAUGCUUACGCAAGUGACUGUACAGAUAAUGGCAGUAGAGCUCAUGUAUUUUCUCAACUAAUGGGUAUUCUUUUCCUCGGUGUGGCUGCAGGCCCAGCUCUCGCGACUUUUAUUACAAAGUACACAGAACAUUUCGAAAAUGCAUUCAUAGCCGCUUCGGUAUUAUCCAUAAUAAUGCUUAUUAUCUCUCUCAUUAUACCGGAAUCAUUAGAGCGGAAAUCAGAUUUGGAUACUAGCCUACCAGAACGUCAAUCAGCUGCUCAAACAAUACGCAAGAUGCCUUCAAUUGUCGACAAUAUAAAGAAACCGUUUAGUAUUAUCGCACCACAGAGAGACGAUAACGAUGUAAUUAAGAAUGUAAACUUAUUAGCAAUAACAUUAGCUUACGUUCCAAUUGUUCUGGCGAUCGGUUCAGUGCAGAUCAAGUUUCUCUACACGAAAUUCAAAUUUGAUUGGGAUGUUAAUCAACUUGGUUCAUUUAUUACUUACGUUGGUACUGUACGAGCAUUGGCUUUGCUUUUGAUAAUUCCAUUGUCACUUGAAACACUCAGGAGAUUCAUGAAACCAGCGAUCGAGUUACCGACAACAACCAUCUACGAGGAUGAGGAUGAAGAUACUAUAAACGAUGAAAUACUAACUAAAUCUGUUAACCAAGCUGAGAUCAAAUUUGAUUUGGUCUUAUUGCGCUUUUGUUUGGCUAUCGACGCAAUAGCUUACGCUGGUUUGGCAUUUAGUGGAAGUGUCACAACUUUUUCUGCCUUCACUGCUAUGUCAGCAUUUGGUGGUGGUGCUUCACCCUCUGCCAUCUCUAGUCUGGCAUUACUUCUCGCGCCCAAAGAAUCAGAAUCCAAUGGUGCUGUAUUAGGUGCAUUCUCAAGUGUUCAAUCAGCUGGUGCGCAAAUAAUUGGUCCAGCCCUUUAUGGUUUCAUAUACGCUCAAUCACCAAAUUCCGCUUUCAUGUUUGUCAUUGGCGGUACUUUCAUAGCAUCAAUAAUUGCAACAUUCUUUGUCAAAUACUAA